AUGUCUCAAAUCAUGGCUCCCUUCCAGCUGUUGGAGCUGAACGUGAUAUCGGCUCAGGACCUGGCUCCGGUAGGCCGAAACAUGAGAACCUACGCUGUGGCUUGGGUCCACCCAGACCGCAAGCUCUCAACGCGUGUCGACACGCAAGGCCACACCGGUCCCACGUGGAAUGACAAGUUCGUAUUUCGCGUCGACGAAGAAUUUCUCUACUCCGACGAGUCGGCCAUCAUGAUUGAGAUCUACGCGCUCCACUGGUUCCGAGACAUCCACGUUGGCACCGUCCGUGUCCUCGUCGGAAACCUAAUUCCUCCACCCUCGAGGCCAUUCCAAAGCAACCGGCCCCCCCUCGGCAUGCGGUUCGUCGCCCUCCAGGUUCGGCGGCCCUCCGGGAGACCCCAGGGGAUCCUUAACGUGGGCGUCGCCGUCCUCGACAGCUCCAUGAGAAGCAUGCCUCUCUACACUCACAACGCCUCCGCCGUCGGAUACCGCCACCUCAUGGGGGAGAAAGACGCAUACGACACCCACAACCACCUCAGCCCCCACGUCUUCCACCAUCAAGCCCCAAGGCCCGAGCUGCGCCGAACCAAGAGCGACACCAGCUCCAUCAUCGCCUCUGAAGCCAUGGCGCGCCAACAACGAGCCUUCGUCAACAAGGGCAAGGCCAAUUCCAUCAUUUCGGGGUCAGAGGUAAGCGUGAAGAAGAAGAAGAAGAAAGGGAAGAAAAAAUCCAAAAGUCCAAGCUCCGUGCUCAGUGGUGUCUCUGCCAAGAGUGGAAAAGCCACCCGCUCUGUUCUCAGCGACACCGCUUUGCCAUGGAAAGUUAAGAACCGAAAAAACAGUUCCGCUCCCGCCGUUGAUAACGUUCAGGUGGAACCACUGCCACCUCCCGUUCACAACGUCGUCGUUGAGGGCGAUGAUGCACAUUCAAUCGUUAACAGCGUUUCUGAAGCUGCCACCACCGAAAUCAAUGCCAACGCAACCCAAGAACAUGUUCCUGUCAACAACGUCGCUUACGAAGUUAGCGCCUCUCCCAGACCGCACUAUCGGAACUCGCCGGCGCCAGCACAAUUUCGGAACUCUCCGGCACCGCAGUUCAAGAACUCCCCGGCUCCGCAGUAUAUGAACUCCCCGGCAGCCCAUUACAAGAACUCGCCGGCGGCCCAUUACAAGAACUCCCCGGCACCCCAUUACAAGAACUCGCCGGCACCGCAUUAUAAGCACUCGCCGGCACAGCAGUAUAUGAACUCGCCGGCGCCGCAGUAUAUGAACUCGCCGAAGCCGCAGUUUGUGAACUCGCCAAAACCGCAUUAUGUGAACUCUCCGAAGCCUCAGUUUAUGAACUCUCCGAAGCCGCAGUUUGUGAACUCUCCGAUGCAGCAAUUUCGGAACUCUCCGGCGGUGGUGCCGCCACAGUUUCGGAACUCGCCGGCGGUGUCGAAGUUCAAUCCGGCGGUGGGGUACGGCGGGUCGCACAAGGGCACGCCGAUGCACCAGUUCGGGAAGUUUGAAUACGCCACGCCGCGGAGGUCGAACUUGGGGAACAUGGGGCUCGUGGUGAUGACGGAAUCGGAGUUGGGACCGUCGCCGUCAGAGGUGGCGGCGGAGAUGGCGAGGAAGCCGGUGAUCGACGAGGGGGAGAACUCCACUGUGGGAGGGUGGAGCCUGGACGAGAGCGUGGAAGGGUUGCAGUCGAAGUUAGAGAGGUGGCGGACGGAGCUGCCGCCGGUGAUCGAUCGCGGCGAGUUAUCGAGCCACCCGACGUCAAGCACAAAAACGAGCCGCCACUCGCGGAGGCACACCGACGGUGGGAAUGGCUUGUUUUCUUGCUUUAGCAACAUCUGUGGCCUCCAGUGCACCAUUGUUUGCGGUGGCGAUCCUAAAGGAAAGAAGAACCGGGGCCGCCGCAGUCCCUCCGCCGAGAUUGCCAGCUCAAUGUGAUGAUGAUCAGUUGUGUGGUUGGGUUGCAUUGCAUGCAUGCAUGGUGGAGCCAAAAGGUGAAGAAC